AUGCCUGCCCGGCCGAUAGGCGCUUUGCGCUCACGGCGCAUUCAAUGUACCAGUCUGCGCCCGGCUGUUCGUUCGCGUGCUGACACUGGUCAAUGCAAACCCGUCUUCUGUACCACUACCUCGAAUCUUCUCCCAGACAGAAGCUACGCAACACGAAUUGAGCACACAGAAGCCUCCCCCACUAGUGAUGUGCAAAAGGAACGAGUGGUAAUCCUCGGAUCGGGAUGGGGCGGGUAUACUAUGUCGCGCCGGCUUUCCCCGCAAUCAUUUUCGCCCAUCGUCAUCUCACCACGGUCCUACUUCGUAUUUACGCCGCUUCUUACCGAUGCAGCCAGUGGGUCUCUUGAUUUUUCGAAUAUCGUCGAGCCUGUCCGAGAUCCACAUGCGAAGGUCGAUUUCAUCCAAGCUGCUGCAAGAUCAAUUGACUUGAAGAAAAAGACUGUUUUAUGUGAAGCUACUGUUGUAAAGAGUGGUGUAACUGAGACUCCACGUACCUCCGACGAUGACAAGGAACUCAAUGACAGUCAUGAGGCCAAGUCCAAACACCCAACCCAGGACUACCGCUGGUGGGAACAGGGCGAGAUGUUUGAAGUACCCUACGACAAGCUUGUUAUCGCGGUCGGUGCCGUCAGUCGCACCUUUGGUACGCCGGGUGUCAGAGACAACGCUAUGUUCUUCAAGGAUAUUGGUGAUGCAAAGCGGGUGAAGCGGCGUGUACGUGAAUGCUUCGAGCUGGCGGUCCUUCCAACAACCACUCCUGAAAUGCGCGAAUGGCUACUGCACUUUGCAAUUGUUGGAGCGGGCCCCACUGGCACUGAACUCGCGGCAUCACUUCGUGAUUUCAUCUACAAGGAUAUGAUGGUUCUCUACCCUGCUCUCAAUGGUAUUCCUAAGAUCAGUCUCUAUGAUGUGGCUCCCAAGAUGCUGUCAAUGUUUGAUGAGUCACUCUCUCAAUAUGCCAUGGAAACAAUGAAGCGGGAAGGUGUUGACAUCAAGACCUCUCACCACGUAGAGGGCUUGCGGUGGGGCUCCCCUGGUGACCCGCCUCCAUAUGAGAUGGACCCGAAACGCUGUUUGACCUUGACAACUGCAGAGGAGGGCGAGGUUGGAGUCGGUAUGUGUGUCUGGGUGACUGGCAACGCAAUGAACAAGUUCAUCAGCCAGUCACUUGACAAAGUGGCCGACUUCCCUACUGAAUCCGUUAAACCCGACUCAACACCGGCAGUGAAUGAUGAAAACUCGUCAUGGAAGUUCAAAAAAGUUUCAAAGACAGGCGCUCUUCUUGUUGACGGUCACCUCCGAGUACAACUACAAGACCAUAACGGCCAGACUGCAGUCCUGCAGGACGUUUUUGCCUUGGGAGAUAACGCAAUGCCUGAGACUGGAUCACCUCCAGCAACAGCGCAAGCUACUGGUCAAGAAGCAAAGUGGUUGGCGCAACGUCUGAACAAGAGUGAUAUAGAUCGGAUGCCAUCUUUUUCUUUCAAGAAUCUUGGCACAAUGGCAUACAUUGGGAGUGAGCGAGCAUUGAUGCAGAUCCCACAUGACGGGAAGACUGGCGACCGUCAUAGGUAUCUACCUGAAGGUCUUACUGGAAGAACGGCAUCUCUAGUUUGGAAUGCAGCAUAUAUUGGUAUGAGUAUCAGCUGGCGAAACAGGAUAAGAAUUGCCUUUCGAUGGACCCUCAACAGGCUUUUUGGAAGGGAUAUCUCCCGCUUCUAG